AUGGAGCUUCCACUAGCAACACAGACGUAUCACAAUGGCUUUGGUGAAGAACUGGCAAUGUUUACAAACAAGAUAAAAUCCCUAGUUCAGCAUGCACAAGAGAAGGUAGACCUAAAAUUAGAAAAGAUUAAUAAGGCCAUAGCAGAUUUUAUCAAAUUGGCAGCAACCAUCAAAUCUAUCCAGGCCCUAAGUCCUAACAAUGCAUACAGUCAAGCUCUCAUAAAGGGCCAAUUCACCUUCAGUCAGUCAAACAUAGCGACAAACCCUAGGAUGCUAGCAAGGCACAGCAUACGGGCUAGACAGACAAUGCUGGAAGGACUAGAUAAGGACUCCAAGAUUAGCACAAUAAGAAAUAGGGAAGAAAAGGAUGCCAUCAACAAGAUAUUGCUCAAGCUUGAGCUGGAAGGCUCAGUGCGCAUACAGUCAGCAAUCAAGCAACACAAGAGAGGCCUCCUCAUUGGAUUUGACACAGAUUAUGGAGCCGCGUGGAUCCGAGUCAAGGAUAAUUGA